UAAUAAAGCUUUUCAAGGGGGACUUGUACGAAUUAACUAUUCCAUAAAUGAUUGUAGAGCAACUGUCUUCUUACAGAUCCGCCAUGGAAAUUGGAGCCGAGAAGCUCUGUAUCAAACAGACUUCGGAUUCACAAAAUCGAAAAAGAGAAAAAGAAAAGGAAAGGAGUCUCCCUUCUGUUUGCCCCAGUCCAGACGCUUUCGAAUUUCAACCCUUACUGCCCAAGUCCGUACGGAUUCUUGGACUGGUUUUCUGACUUUUGUUCGUUGUUCUCGCAGUAAAAGCACAACCUUUUAGCUCGUUCGCUCCCCUUUUGGCGGUUUUCAUUGGGCGCUAGAGAUACCCAUUUCAGAUAACAGCUGAAAGUUUCCAUUUUUAUAAUCAGAUUUGAAGCUGAGCCCAAGUCUCCAAUCAUCGGAGCUCCCAAUUUGUCAGUAGGAGUUUGGUGGAUUGUGUCAGGCUGUUUGAUGGUGGCAACUCUGCUUUCGGAGUUCGCAUUUGCAGUUCUUUGUGAUUUCUAAAUCGCAUUCGGAAAUGGCCAAUUUGAAGUCUACAGAUUCGGAGUUUGAAUGGGAAGGAAACUUGAUUGCUGCUGCACAACACAUAGCCAAGGCCAUCAGGUCAAAAAGGAGCCUCACUGAAGAAGAGAGGAAGGUUUUGGUUGAUCUGAGGGCUCAGCUAUCAGCGAUUAGGAUAGUCAAUGGUAGCAAGGUCGAUGAGAUGGGAGUAAGUGACACAAUCGAAAAGCUCAAUUCUAUUCAAGAAAAGAUCAUGAGUUGGGAGUUGGACCAGUCCAUGAUAUGGGAGGCAGGUCGGGAUGAAGUUUGCGAAUACAUGAAUGCUGUUGAAGAAACCCAGAAAUUGAUAGAACUGUUCGAGAGCUUGAGUAUCAACAAGGACUGUGACAAGAACGAACUACUGAGGAGGGCCCAUGAUGUUCUUCAGACAGCGAUGUCAAGACUCGGGGAUGAAUUCAGGAACUUGCUUCUUCAGAACAAAUGUUCCUUUGAGCCUGAGAAAAUCUCCUUCCAUUCAAGUGAAGACGAUGCUGUCGAGAAGGGUUCACCGGCCUCUUUCGGAGCAUCCUCCUCCUUUGACGACUCGAUUCAUAGGGACAGCAUGAGCAGAGCCUCUGAGGAAAACACCAUCAUUGAUUUGGUCCAUCCUGAUGUAGUACCUGAUCUCAGGUCCAUCGCGAAUCUAAUGUUCCAUUCAGGCUAUAUUUAUGAAUGUUCCCAAGCCUAUGUCCAUGUCCGAAAGGAUGCCUUGGAAGAUUGUCUCUCUGUUCUUGAAAUGGAGAGGCUGAGCAUUGAGGAUGUACUGAAAAUGGAGUGGAGCAACUGGCACUCCAUGGCCAAGAGAUGGGUUCGGGCAAUUAAAGUCUUUGUAAGAGUUCACCUUGCAAGUGAAAAAUGGCUCAGUGAUCAGAUCUUUGGGGAGACGGCAUCUAGUUCGGGUUGUUUCCUUGAGGUCUCAAAGAGUGCGAUGUUGCAGCUUCUAAAUUUUGGCGAGGCGGUGUCUGUGGGGCCUCAUCAACUUGAGAAGUUGUUCUGCGUUCUCGACAUGUACGAGGUAAUGAUUGACAUCAAACAUGACAUCGAUGAGUUAUUUUCAGAGGAGAUUGAGAUUGGCUCUUUGGUGAGGUUUGAGUAUGAACAAGUUCUGAAGAGACUGGGAGAAUCUGCAACAGUGACAUUUCUUGAGGUCAAGAAUGCAAUUGCCUCGAAUCCAUCAGCCACUUCUUUCGCCAGCGGUGGAGUCCACCAUCUGACACGCUACGUGAUGAACUACAUCAAGACACUUACUGACUACAAUGAUACUCUUGAAUCACUCCUCAAGGAUCGUGAAGAAAAGGCUUCUAUUCCACCAUCGCCUGAUGCGGCUUCACCUGUCGAAGAGGAAGAAAGCAACGGUGCAACAUCAGAUCCUGGAACUGAGGUUUCUCGAAUAUCUUUCCAUUUUCAAAGCAUUGCGUCGGUCCUCCAAUCUAAUCUUGAUGAGAAGUCGAAUCUAUACAGGGAUUCAGCCCUGCAGCAGCUUUUCUUGAUGAACAAUGUCCACUACAUUGCUGAAAAGGUGAAGAACUCCGAGCUUAGGCUCGUAUUCGGAGAUGACUGGAUUAAGAAACAGAAUGGGAAGUUUCAGCAGCAUGCUCUGAACUAUGAGAGAGCUGCCUGGAGUUCGAUCCUCUCUCUGCUCAAAGACGAUGGGCUUCAUAGCCCAGGCCCUGGCUCCAUCUCAAAAACCCUUCUCAAGGAAAGGUUUAAGAACUUCAAUCUCUCAUUUGAGGAAGUCUACAGAGCUCAGACCUCUUGGUUGAUUCCCGAUCUUCAACUCCGUGAAGAGCUGAGGAUUUCGAUAUCGGUCAAGAUUGUCCAAGCUUAUCGAACAUUUGUCGGCAGACACAGCCAUCAAAUAAGUGACAAGCAUAUCAAGUAUUCUGCUGAUGAUUUGGAGAACCUCCUAUUAGAUCUCUUUGAGGGAUCCCCGAAGUCCUUAACGAACCCCCAUAGGAGGUGAUAUCAAUAAUGACAGCAUACAGAGUUCAAUUAAGAGUUGUCAUUCUUUGUUGCAGCAAAGCUCAAAACUUUUUGUUUUCCUCGCUGUUAUGUGAACUUACGAGAUGAGAAAUUUUCGUGUUUCUCAUCGGUUUAUUUUCGUUGAACCUGUAAUUAGAUAUGUCAUUUUGCUGAUAAACAUGGACAGAAUUCGACAGGGAUUACUUAUUGGUGUUUAUAGCUGAAGUCAUAGAUUUAUUCUCAUUGUGCAAUCAAAACUACUUUGUUUUACUCAA